AUGGGUAAAGCCAAGAAGACGAGAAAGUUUGCACUAGUAAAGCGUACUCUAAACACAAAAAAGGAUGCAAGAUUAAAGGCGAACCAAGAUAAAGACACCAAAGGCCAGGACCCGGAACUUACGAAGAGUAUUCCACAAGUGUCAAGUGCACUGUUUUUCCAAUAUAAUGAAGCAAUUAAGCCACCAUAUCAAGUUCUGAUAGAUACCAAUUUCAUCAACUUUUCCAUUCAGAAGAAAAUCGAUAUAGUCAGAGGGAUGAUGGAUUGCCUCCUCGCCAAAUGUAUACCUCUCAUCACAGACUGCGUAAUGGCCGAAUUAGAGAAGUUGGGGCCCAAAUAUCGUAUUGCCUUGAAACUUGCUCGUGAUCCUAGAAUAAAGAGGCUCACAUGCUCGCACAAGGGAACAUAUGCAGAUGACUGCUUGGUAAACCGUGUCUUGCAGCACAAGUGCUACAUCGUGGCCACUAACGAUGCGGCAUUGAAGCAGCGUAUAAGGAAGGUCCCAGGUAUCCCACUAAUGAGCGUGGGCGGACACUCUUACGUGAUUGAAAAAUUGCCAGAUGUUUUUUAG